UCCGAAAUAAUAAGGGUUGUGGGCAGCAUAAUUGAAUAAGCGAAGUGAGGAGAAGAGUGGCUCAUGGCUUUCGCUUCCGCGACUUGCUUUUCUUCCCAACUGCAAGUGCUUCUUCCCCGCGGCCCCUCAAAGAGUUCCCCAUUCGUAUUUCCUUCUUAUAAUACUCGUCGUGUCACAAUUACGUUCAGACCUCUCAGUCUGACACUGAGAGCACGCAGACCCUUAUGCGUUCUAUCAGCGGCGGCGAAGAGUAAUUCGGGUUCGAAUUCCAGUGUUAACAAAACCAGUAAAGAAGAAGAAGCAGUUGAAGAGGUGGAAGAGGAUCUGCCAUGGAUUCAGGAGAAAGCCUUGGACCUCGUGGAGUUCACGGGCUCCGUAUCACAGGCCAUUCCUGGACCCAGAGUGGGCACCAGCUCUCUCCCUUGGAUUCUGGCUCUUCCUCUGGCCUAUGCCGGUCUCACUUUCGUCGUUGCCUUUGUCAAGACCGUUAAAAAGUUUUCUUCCCCUCGACAAAAACGCAAGAGACUGGUCAAUAAAAAUGCUAUGCUAUGUAAAUCGAUAGACGACUUGUUUCAAAGUGGCGCAGAUCAACCCAAACCUGAUGCUUUGAACCAACUUGUGCAGAAGACUGGUUUUGGCAUGGAGGAUAUUUUGCGAAAGUACAUUCGCUAUACUUUGAAUGAAAAACCGUUCAACCCAGACGUGGUUUCCAACUUAAUUCAGCUCAGAAAAGCUUCCAUGUUCGAUGACUCUCAGGUUGCUGAAAUUCUGAAUGAAAUUUCAAGAAGAAUUGUACGAGACAAAGGCCCAGUUGUAAUGGAUAUUUCAGGCUACACUGAAAGGGGUUUCAAGAGAAAACUAGCUGUUCAAGCCCUUUUUGGAAAGGUUUUCUAUCUGUCAGAGCUGCCAGAGUUCUGUUCGAGGGAUAGCUCCUUAAUUGUCAAAGAAAUAUUUGGUGUUACUGAUGAAGAUGCAGACAAAUUACGGAUACAUGCGAUCUCUGAAUCUGGGGAUAUGGAUUCCUUGGAAAAGAUGGUUGAUGCUUCAGAUUCAGAUGAAUCUGGCUAGGGCUCUCUCCUUCUUGAUUCACGUGCUCCAUAUCCAAGAGUUUUGGCACAGAUAAAAAUUCUGUCCAUAUAAGCGUAAUCUGUUUCAUUUCUGGAUCAUGUAGACUUAAAAAUUUUGGUUGCAGCAUCAGCCCAGAUUCUGUCACAUAAAGUGUGUAUUAUUAACUUUAUUUUUAAAUAGGAUAAUAUUUGAUUUAUAGCUGAAAAUUAAUGGUAUUCAUUUUUGAGUUUCCUAUUUGAAUAGGAUACCAAA